AAUAGAGAGAAUAUUUCCUUCCCGCCAGGCACACAAUCAAUCUCACUGUAAUCAAAUUGUCCCAUUCUUUUGAUUCACCAAGUUCUUCUGUUUGUGGUAGUUGUUAUCGAUACAUAUUUUGGGAACUUCAAAUAUGCCGGGUCUUCGUGGAUCUGUGAUCUGGAGAGAUGUUAGCCCUGAAGAAGUUAUACAGGUGCACAUUUUGAUAGAGCGCGGUCUCAGACGAUAUUUGACUAAGGAAGAAAUUGUGCAGAAGUUAAGAGAUGAAGAUGAAAUAGAUCCUGAACUCACCAAAAUAGUUUGGGCAAAGCUAGAGGAAGAAAACGAAGGGUAUUUUCAAGGUUAUUAUGCAACCUUGAGUUCGCUGGAACAAGAGAGGCAAUCAAGGGGUUCAACUGCAAGCACAUCUCUCCCUAAUGGAAGUGCAUCACGACCCAACUCUAACGGAUCAUCUGCUACCUCUAAUGGAUCAUCUGCUACAUCUAAUGGAUCACAUAACCUUCCAGCUUCAUCACAACCUCACUCCAACAAUAUUCCUCGUAAUCCAUAAAAUCAUUAGAUAGUAUAUCAAAAACAUUAUGCGUCAAUUUUUCAUUCAUAAUGGUCACUUGGUAUCCUUGACCAUUCUCCAACUAUACAAAACCCUUUCCUGAAUAAAGUCAUUGGAUCUUAAUUGGUUUACAAUCUCUAUUGUGCUUCUCUGCUGCACUAUGCAUGGCCAAUGCAUUUCCUCAAAGGGUCACGACGUGAAUGUCCAAUGCAGUUGCAGUUCCAAACA